GCUGAACCGCCCCCGCCCCACCCAGGAGAGGCAGAGGCGGCGGAGAGAGAGAGAGAGAGAGAGAGAGCCGCGGAGAGAGAGGGGGAGGCCGGGGAGAGGAGGCAGGGAGAGAGAGGGCUGUUAACCGGGACACUUCCAAACAUCUACCGGCUCUCAGCAGCGCUCACCUCACCUCAACACGAAACAUGCAAACUAGCUAACUAAUGAACUAACCAAUUAACUAACUAAUUAACUACCUACCUGACUGACAGACAGACUGAAGAAAAGAGAAAAGAAAAGAGCUCAUCUCUCUCUCUCUGUCACUUUGUUUUACUGGAACUUCUAUUCUAAAUUCACUUCUAACAGUCAAAAUAGGACGAAAAGGAUCUUCUUCUAAGGAAAGUUUCUGAAGCUUUAGUUAAGCUAAAGUAAAUAACACACCUUAACCUAGCAUACUCUUCUAGCUAAAAGCUAAACAUAGCCUUUUAGCUGUAAAGGCAGACUAAGAAGACGAAAAAAUCCGAAGUCUCCGGAGUCUCAACUGUCAACGGUUGGUGGAGCCUCAACUGUCAACGGUCGGUUUGGAGUCUCAACGGACGAAGCGCGAAAAAAGCCAACGGUCACAAGUAGCCAUGACAGAAAUUCUAACUGGAUUUUUCCACUUUUUGGAUGUUUCUAAAAGAUUUUAUCCACUCAACUAAACCAAAACUCUUGGAAAUAUCUCAGCUGUUGAAUUUGUUUCACACUUAUUUAAGUAUUUUCCACCUGUUUGAGAGAGAAGUCCACCAUAAUGAGCGGCGGUCGCUUUGAGUUUGAUGAUGGCGGCGCGUACUGUGGCGGUUGGGAAGGCGGCAAAGCCCACGGCCACGGCAUCUGCACCGGACCCAAGGGCCAGGGGGAGUUCUCCGGCUCCUGGAAUUACGGCUUUGAGGUGGUGGGGGUCUACACUUGGCCGAGCGGAAACACGUACGAAGGGUACUGGUCACAAGGAAAGCGCCACGGUCUGGGCGUAGAGACCAAGGGCCAUUGGGUCUACAAGGGCGAGUGGACGCAUGGCUUCAAGGGGCGAUACGGUUCUCGUGUAAGUUUAGCAAGCGGAGCUAAAUAUGAGGGAACCUGGAACAACGGGCUUCAGGAUGGAUACGGCACAGAGACCUAUGCAGACGGAGGCACCUUCCAGGGCCAGUUUACCGGUGGGAUGCGGCACGGCUAUGGCGUCCGUCAGAGUGUCCCGUACGGCAUGGCGGCGGUGGUGCGCUCGCCCCUACGCAACUCCCUCACCUCCCUGCGCAGCGAGCACAGCAACGGGACCCUACUGCAGCAAGACGUCCCGCUCAUCACCACCACCAACGCCUCGGGCCAGGAGUCGCCCUCUCCCACGCCCAUCGGGCCGUCCCGCGGCGGCUUCGCCCUCACCCUGCACGUGGACCCGGAUCAGGUAAAGCCCAAGAAGAAGGGUCUCUUCAGACGUGGCUCUCUGCUGGGGAAACUCACCAAGUCCGAGUCUCGUACGUCUCUGUCGAGUCAGAAGAGCAAACUCAGCUUCCUGCGCAGCGACUCGGCUCUCAGCUCCGCCGCCAGCGACGCCAACUCCACCAUCAGCCUGGGAGAGAGCGAGGGGGAGGCCGAGGGCGGCGAGUUCCCUCCGGUGGAGGCAGACAUCGACGCCACCACCACGGAGGUGUACUUGGGUGAGUGGAAGAACGACAAGCGGUCGGGCUACGGCAUCAGCGAGCGCUCCAGCGGCCUGAAAUACGAGGGCGAGUGGCUGGACAACCAGCGCCACGGGUAUGGCUGCACGACCUUCGCAGAAGGAGGCAAGGAGGAAGGGAAGUACAUGCACAACAUGCUGGUGAAGGCCGUGAAGAAGAAGCUGAUCCAGCUGAAAGGCACGAAGAUCAAGCAGAAGGUGGAGAGGAGCGUAGAGGGAGCGCAGAGGGCUGCGGCCAUCGCAAAGCAAAAAGCUGAAAUUGCAAACUCCAGAACCUCCCAUGCUAAGAGUAAAGGAGAGGCAGCAGAUCAGGCUUCUCACGGUGCUAACAACGAGUCCAGUAUUGCCCGAGUCGUGGCCAGAGAACUGUCGCCUUCAUUCUAUCAACCAGGUCCAGAGUAUCUAAAGAAGCGAGUGCUGCAGGAGAUUUCCAAGAGCAACGAAAACGCUGACACAGGCAUUCAUGAGCCCCUGCUGGCGGAGGAAACCAUGCCCACGCCUCCAGAGAGUCCCUUCGUGCAUGAGAUGGACACCCUGAGGCCAAACAUCAGCCCAGCACGAACACCAUCACCUGGCCUCAUCCCAUCCACCGCCCCGGACCCCAACUACCUCAGCCCUGGGAGCUGGAAUGGAGACAAAACCAGUAGAGGCAGUGGAGGCGGUAGCAGAGGCGGCAGCCGGCCGGGUAGCAAACCGAGCAGUCGGCCUACAACCCCGUCUUCAGCUCCAGCUCCAGCCCCAGCCCUGGAGGAACCUCCAGCCCCCAGCAGUAAAGGCCCAUCUCGAACCCCCAGCCGCCAGAGUGCCAAAGCCGAACAAGGCUCCGACCUGGAGAUCAAGCCCCUCCAGAAGCCAGAUUCAGAGCUGAACGCAUUAGAACCUGUUCCUGACUCUGAUCCAGCUCCACCUCCAGCUCCAGUAAGGACCAGCCUCAUCUCAUCCACCGAUGAAGAAGAACCUCUUCCUCGUCCUGCCUCCAAAGUGUCCUCCAAAGCCCAGGCGACCCCAGAGCCCAAAGACGUUGAAGAUUUGGAGCCAGAACCUGAGGUUCCUGUCGCGAUGACGGAGACGAAGUUGGAGAUGCCUAACAAACUAGAAACUAAGCCUUCACAGAGACGAGAUCCCAGCCCGGCGCCAAGAAGAGAUCCCAGCCCGGCUCAGAGACGAGAUCCCAGCCCAGCGCCGAGACGAGAACCCACGCCAGUUCUGAGACGAGAUCCCAGCCCGGCGCCGAGAAGAGAACCCACACCAUCUUUAAGAAGAGAUCCCAGCCCGGCGCCGAGACGAGAACCUACGCCAGCUCAGAGACGAGAAGCCACUCCAGUUCUGAGACAAGAAGCUAGCCCUAGCCCAGCUCAGAGACGAGAUCCCAGCCCGGCUCCCAAAGCUGUGCUUAAGCCUGAACCCAAGCCUGUGCCUAAACCUGAGCCUAAAGCCAUCGCCAAGCCACCUGCCAAGGUGGAGCCCAAAGCUGAGCUCAGGCAGAGGUCUGUGGUGAAAGCCCCCAGUGAAGUGGCGGAGGCCACAGAACAAGAUGAGGGGCCAAACACAAUUAUGAUCUGCAUGGUCAUUCUGUUGAAUAUUGGCCUGGCGAUUGUCUUCGUUCAUGUCCUUUCCUGAUGAAAAAGAUGUCCAAGACAUUUUUUUUAAAGCAAGACCAUCUAAAGCGAAGAAAGAAGAGAGAGGGGCUGUAAUGGACGCUGUGUUCUCCGUUUGAGGCUUUGCCGGCGUGAUGCACACAGUCUCAGGAGGGCUCUCUCCAAGCCUCUUGAAAGACACUUGCUAUACGGUGUGUAGUUGGACUGAGGAAUGCCAUGCAAUGAAAGUGUUUCUGUGCCUGAAUGCCAGAGGAGCUCGAUAAAGAGGAAGAGGAGGAAGAGGAGGAGGAGGAAGAAGAGGAGGGAUUUGUCUGUAUUUUGCUGCUUUUGAGGGAGAUACUCCGCAUGAACCACUGCCAAGUACAACCCUGUUUAUCUGCUAAUGACACUAAUGAUUAAAAAAGAAAUAAAAAUCGGGACGGUGACAUUUCUGACUUUUCUUUAAAGGGCUAAAAAAAAGAAACGUGUUGUGUGAGAGUCACAGAGCAUACACUGCUUCAGCAUCUGUCAUUUUUCACUCACUGCAUUUUCAUCUGUGGAGAAUACAUUCAUUCAAAAUGCCAUGAAUUGAUUUUAACACACUUUUAACUUUUUUUUUUAAUUUGCUGUAUUUCCUGGUUUGUUAGAGAUCACGUGAAUUAGAUGAUCUGCUAAUAAAAUGAAGCAAAAUCACCUGUUUUAUUAUAUAUGUUUAAAAAAUGAGAAAACACUGAUAAUGCUGAUAAUGAUACAUAUAUUAUGCACACAUAAAAAGAUGUCUUAAAAUCUUUGUGCUGCCCAUAAUGCAAUUGUUUUUUACAAGAAAAAUAAAUACAUCCAUGUUUAUUAGCCUUUUUCAGGUAAAAAAAAUGAAUUCUAUUUUUCUAAAAUAAAAAAUACAGGCCUAGGGAUAUAAAAAUUGAGUUUUAAUUGAGUUCAUGUGAGGAAGACGAGAUGGGAUGUCUAAAAAAAGUACAAGUGAGUCAGAUGGUUCGAGUUGUGAAGAAAUAAGAGGGCUUUUCUGUCUUUCAACAUCAACAUCCCACUUCAGAUGGACUUUCUGCUGCAAUAUCUUCUAAAAAAAAAAAAAUAAACCUUCAAAAAAGUUCAAGAAAUGUACUGUGAAAAGAUGUUUUUUUUUUUUUUUUAAAAGAAUGUAGUUUGUGCUUGCUAUCUUUUUUUUUGUUUGUUUGUUUCUUUUUCCAUAGAGUGUAAAAUAAUGGUGAAAACAGUGAAAACAUUUGAGUGUGUUCAAAUCUGUGCCCAAUCAAACAAAGCUGGUUUUAUCUUGGAUCUUCUAUGCAUGUCUGCAAUUCUCUGGAUAUGUUUUGUACAUUUUUAAAUAAGGACACUUUCUGUCGACAGUAGGGAUGGGAAUUGAUAAGAUUUUUCCGAUUCCGAUUCCCUUAUCGAUUCUGUGAAACGAUUCGAUUCCUUAUCGAUUCUCUUAUCGAUUCCAAUUUGGGGAAAAAAGGAGAGCAAACAGUUUCAUAAGCACCAACUUUGUUUACUUAAAUAUCAUACGACCUUACAAACUCAACAACAAGGUCAACAUGUCCACAACAAUGUGCAACUGGCAAUAUGGAAAUGUAGCAAAUACUCUCUAAUUAUGUUGUGUGCGCAGAUGUUUGUGCAUAUUUGAUGUAUUCCCUCCCGGCGAUGUUAUCAAAAAUUUACAAUGGUUGCAAAACGCCCUGUUGCCAUCCUUGUGUAGCGUGAAAUGAAGCCAAACUUUCGAGCGUUUUAACCUAGUGGACGCCAUUGAAAAGACGUGCUUACUGAAUCAUGCGUAACAUGCGUAACUUGCGUGAUCGUGCUGUCUGGAAUCGAUAAGAGAAUCAUUAAGCAAGGUGCCAAACGAUUCCGUGGAAUCGAAACACACGGAAUCGAUUCUCAACAGGAAUCGAUUCUCAAUUCCCAAGCCUAGUCGACAGCAUGUGAAUUAUUUUCUCAAAAGUUGGAAAAAUUGCCAUCUUUAAGUUUGUUUUUUUGUUUGUUUGACCCUGUUAGAAUAAUGACUGAUACCUCAGAUAUAAUGCAAAGCAGCUCCAGGUCUUAUAGUAGAAGGUAGUAAAAUGCUGUGUUUAUAGACACUGCCCACAUAUUUAAUUUAAUUUAGCAGUUUAAUACUGAUAGAAUUAAUUUUUCUCAAGGUGAUUCAAGAGAUUCUGUAAAUAUUUCUUUCCACACAGAGACAAAUAGACGAUGGUACCUCAUAAAGAGAGAUAUCAACACACGAAGAACAGGUUAAAUCCAAUUUAGUCACAAAAUUACAGAUUCUAAAUCUAAACAGAGCAUUAUAUGUUUAUAACAGAGCAGUAUUUACAUUUAUUUGUAAUGUGGAAAAUUAAAAUUUAGUGCUAUCUGUCUGUAGACACUGCAGUUUUAUGACUUACCGUAUUUUUCACACUAUAAGGUACACUUAAAAUCUUUUAAUUUUCCUAAAAAGAAUUGUCAGUGCGCUUUAUAAUCUGGUGCUCCUUAUGUGAAUGUGAAUUUUACUAGUCAGGUAUUAAGGAGUAGAAAAGCCUCUCCACUGAACUACAGAGUUAUACAGACAGGAGUUUCAGUUUAGUUCCCCAGCAGUGUUAGCAUUAGCUGCUAACUGCGCUAAGCGCUAGCUCUUUUUCCCCAUUCAGAGGUGAGCAUUAUCGGACUGUAGUCUGCAUUUUUACCGUGUUUAAACAAGCUACAUGUGACAAACAGCUAGCUAAUAUAACCCUGGCUAACCAAAACACUCAGGGUUCCUCAGUGUAGCUCUGUCGUGUAGCAUUAGCCGCUAACUGCAGCUAGCCUAAGUGAAAAUCUGAAAAUCUAAGCUUACUGUAGAUAAACUGAAGCGCUUUACUCACCUAAAUAAAUAGUUAGAUUUCAGAAGAAAAAUAUACCUUAUAGUGUGAAAAAUACGGUACAUAGUCCACUAUAGGGAGCAAGUAGGGAUUUGAGAUUCAGCCAGAAACAUUCAUAAUUUGUGAUCUCAGCUUUUUUCAUAGAGCUGUUUUCCUAAAAAAAAUAGUGUUUUCAAAAUCUAAACCUUGUUCAAUUGUCAGUAAAAACAGAAAUGUUAACCCUCACGUUUUUAAAUAUUGAGAUACUUUUAGACACUUUUUGUUCUAUUAAUAUAUUUUUUUAUGAUUUUAAUUUAUGAUAGUUUACCAAAUCCAAAUAUUAGGUGUGAAAAAGCAGAAUUAGUCUGAAUUAGACUGUUUUCACUUGAGUGGUUUGCACCGGCAUUAUUCUGCAAUAUGACUUUUAUUCUCCACCCUCACUGUAAUUUGUGUAUUUUUUUCACUGUAAAUGAUCAAAUUUCCUGUGCGUUUGUUUGCUUUUGACAUGAUUUGGACACAUUCAGUCGUGCUUUGAUCAGCUGAUGGUUACACAUGUUCAGUAUUUAUAAUGUUGGAAUUAAAUACAACUUUUAAAUGUCUGAUAUCCCUUUAUUUUAUUUUGAUUUAGGUAGCAAAUAAUCACGUUUGUACUUUGGAAGUAAGAAUCAAUCAUGGCAUUCAAAAUGUUGGACUGUUCAGUUCAUACCCACUGAAUGCAAAUAAAACUAAUUUUCAAGA